AUACCGACUGCAAGUCCAAAUUACAAACGGCCCAAUGUAUUAAAGUAUAAGACCCCAAUGAAGAAAACAGAGCCGUUCUACGAAUUAUACUGGCAGAGACACGCGAUUAUACGGAACUCGAUUGAUAUAAGAGCGUCGAAAUUUGAUUCGAUUUUAAUUUGGUGGAAGAGCAGAAGGAACAAAGAUGCUUCAAAUCCGACUAAGCAAGACCCCGUCCUCGGACGCCGCCGGUCCCGUGAAGCCAUUGCCUGUGGAAACGGUGACGGUGGCUUGCCCCGAUCACCUUGUUAUCGCUGACCUUCCCGUUGCCAAGAGCAUUGGCGCCGCUAUCUCGUUCUCGCUCUCCAAGACCGUCGGUCGUAAGUCACGCCGCCAGCUUGGCGAGCGAGUUCACUUCUGCGUUGGCUGCGAUUUUCCUAUAGCCAUCUACGGCCGCUUGAGUCCUUGUGAGCAUGCCUUCUGCCUCGAUUGUGCAAGGAGUGAUUCGAUUUGCUAUCUUUGUGAUGAACGUAUACAGAAGAUUCAGACAAUCAAGAUAAUGGAGGGGAUCUUCAUCUGUGCAGCUCCUCACUGUCUUAAAUCUUUCUUGAAGAAGACUGAAUUUGAAUCUCAUAUCCAUGAGAGCCAUGCUGCCCUUAUACAGCCUAAUGCAGAGAAGGAAGAUGGUAAAGACUCGGAGGUUCAUAGUGCUAAACAACCUACAGGUUCUGAUGCUGCUGUUCGAGGUCUUCCAAGGCCUGUCAUUUCUCCUGGUUCAAACCCCCUGCUCCAUGAUACUGAAGACAAAGGUCGUUGGCAGCAGCCCAGAGAACAACUGCCUUCAAGGCCUAUAAUGCAGCCAAAGGGACCACUAGUAUUUGGUCAAGUUCCGAAUUAUCCAUUGGAGCCCCAAUUAGAUGAUAACCACUUCCAACAAGGCUUUGACCUGCAGCGCACCCCGCAACCAGAUUCUAGUCAGUUUUCAGACAAGCUGCAGGGACUUUUAUCUGAGAAUCAGUAUUCUGAAUACCCACCUAUACAUUCCAUGCAACCACCUAAUUUUGCUAUGCCAAUGAAUUCAAACCGAAUGUUAACUCCAUAUGGUGUUCCUCCUUUUCCAACUGAUGGAUCUCAACCAUUUUAUGGUGCUCCUUAUGAAAUGGCUAGGCAAAGUUCAGCGUCAGAUGUCGGUUCCGAGCAGGGGUCAUUGUUGAGUUUCCCACCAGGUCCAGUUGGGGGUGUGAAUUACCCAACAGCUUAUCCGCCUUGGAAUGGAGGGCAACCUGGUGUCCACUUUUAAGUCACUCCAUGCACGUUCGUCCACCAACUCCACCGCUCUCACAUGAUAUGUCAUAACUUAAACCUGGCAAGUUCAACUCUGGUGAUAUGAGUCUUGAAGGACAAGGGCAGCAAGAACCUGAAUGGCAAGGCAGGUAGCCAGGGGUAGAGAUUGCUCCUCCCUUUUGUGGUCAAUGUGUGAUAUUUUCUCCAUUUUUAGUGUUUGAUUAAGUUUUGUAAUGUUCUUUCCAUUUCUUAAUUUAUUAAGAGCAUCGUGCUCUCUUUUAUAGGAUUUCGAUUAGUUUGCAAAUUCAAAAUUUGGCCCAAGUUCUUCAAUGGAAACAUUCUAUAUAGUUUUUAAGUGAUGAUAAAA